AUGAGCGUCACAGAAGUCACGACUUCCAGUGAGGAGACUAAGAGUCGAAAGAGAAAUGCAGAGGCAGCAGACAUUGAGAUCGAUAUUGAUGCCCCAGAGCCUCCUUCCAAGAAGGCCUUACGAAAAGCAAAGAGAGCGAAAAUCACUCCUAACAAUGAUGGCACCUCCAGCCAAUCUACAAAUCAACGGAGUGAGACCCAAGAGAAUAAGAAGCGGUCCGAAUAUGGAAUCUGGAUCGGAAAUCUAGCAUUCAGCACCACCAAAGACGACCUUCUUAAGUUCUUUACUGAGAGCUCGAAGAAUGUUAUCCGUAACGAUCAGAUCACCAGGAUUCAUCUCCCUCAGGGACAGCCAAAAUUCGGCAAACCUGCAAACAAAGGCUUUGCUUAUGUUGACUUCUCUGAUGAAGACGCUCUCCAGAACGCUCUGGAAUUCAGCGAGGGUCUUCUAGGUGGACGUCGGGUCUUGAUCAAGAACGCAAACAACUUUGAAGGCAGACCGGAGCCGAAAAAGGGUUCGGAUGGAGGGCCGGCUCAUCCACCCAGCAAGCGCAUUUUCGUGGGCAACUUGGACUUCGACACCACCGUGGAAGACCUUGAGGAACAUUUUGGUGUUUGUGGUCCAAUCGUGCACACUCACAUGGCUACGUUCGAAGACACUGGCAAAUGUAAAGGCUUUGCCUGGAUUGACUUCGAGCAGCAAUCAUCGGCUGAAUCUGCAAUGCGAGGCUGGAUCGAACCCCGACACACCGGGGAAGGACUCUCUACGAACAAGAGAUCGUCGAGUCAGAGAAUAUGGCUUUCCACCCUAAAAGGAAGGAAAUUGAGGAUGGAAUUUGCUGAGGACAAAGCCACCCGAUAUCAAAAGCGCUACGGAAAGCAGGCCAAAUCAACGACCUCAGGAGAAGGGACUGGGUCUGAAGCAGAGGAGCCCAUUCAGGAAGUCAGCGAGGACACAGUGGUUAAGCCCGCCUGGCGUGGAUCAGACAAAGGGAAGAAAAAGAGGUCAGGUGGCAGAUAUGCGGAAGAGACGGUGCAGAAGUUGACCGGUGCCAUUGUCGAGAGCAAAGGUCAAAGAGUUGUGUUUGAAGAAUGA